UCUACUUAUUGCAGACCCAUCAUUGACCAGGAAGAAGUGAACGUCUGUCAAACUCGCGUCACCAAUUCGGAACGAUUGUUUGGUUUUGAAUGUUAUACACGCCUUGAUAUUGUUUGGUUUCGCGGACUUGUCGUUAGGCAUGGAGUUGUCUGGGGAUAUUCCAAAAGAGAAGGUUCCUUUUACAAAGGAGAAGAGUAUCCUAAAUGACAUCGCCCAGGAGACGCGGGAAACGCCGGGCUACGGCUCACUGACGGAGGAGGAACUGAUGGAAAAGGUGGAGAAUAUCCUGUUAGAAAGGAUUAAAAAUGGCGAAAGACGGGCGUACUUCCAGCUGGGGCUGUUUUACUAUGAACAGAAUCUGUUUGACAAAGCUAGGAUAUACUUUGAGCGUUCGCGAGACUUUGACUUUCAGUCAGUGUUCCUGCUGGCGUGUAUGUUGUUUGAUGGCCAGGGAGGCAAGUCAGAUGAGAGACUUGCUGUGGACUAUCUGAAGAAAAUAGCAAACUCAGAUGCCAAGCAGGCCAAGCACCUCAAGUUUGCAGCCUUGUUCAACAUCGGGCGAGCUUAUUUCCAGGGAUUUGGUGUGAAGCAGUCUGACGAUGAAGCACUGAGGUACUGGUUACUGGCAGCUGAUGAUGGAAAUCCCUCCGCCAGCAUUGUCGCUCAGACAACUCUUGGCAUGUUUUACUCUCGACAAAGUGACAGUCUAGAUCUUAAAAAAGCUUUCUUCUGGCACAGUGAGGCUUGUGGGAAUGGAAGUUUGGAAUCUCAAGGUGCUCUGGGUGUAAUGUACGAGUAUGGUAUAGGUGUGAAACAGGAUGCAGACAGCGCCUAUGUCUGUCUAAAGGAAGCCUCGGAUCGCGGAAACGUGUACGCCAUGGGAAAUCUUGUAGCCAAUUACUACAGGAGGAAACUUUAUACAAAAGCUGCAGAUCUAGCGACCAGAGUAUCCCAGUUUUCUGAUGUCUCACGAUUAGCAGAGGAGAUUGGAUGCCUCCCAAGCUACAUAGCUAAGGGGAUCUCCAUGGGGUGCUUCUACUAUGCUAGGUGUCUCCACGAGGGGCAUGGAGUCAGAAAGAAUGAGGAUGAGGCCAAAAUGUUUUACUCCAAGUCCUAUCAAUAUGAUCCGGACGUCUGCGCCAGAUUACAAAACAUUACUCAGCAUGGCGUUAUAUGAUAUCCAUAUGUUGUGAUGUCAGAACAUUGUGAUGUCAUCAUUCGGAUUACUGAUCAGCAUUAGAGGGGUGGAUCAUAGGGCCUCAGGGUGAACUAUACUGCUGAUCAUAAUAUUUUUGUAUUGUUAUACAUUUUCAUGAGAUGAUGUGAUUAUUUUAGAUGCCUUUUUGUGAUACUGUUUUGACCUUUCUCUGUGAUAAUUGACCUUUACAUCAGAAAUCCUGCUGCAUUUAUUGUUGAUGUUUUUUGUUACAAAAUGUAUUUAUUGAUAAAAUCGCUGUGCCAACAAGACAAGGCGAUUCUGAUACAGAUAUCAAAUUGUUUUUAACCUAUUGCUUAAUAGAACGUGUAUCCAUGUCUUCAUGGAGCCAGGAAUUAGCUCCACAUAUUCACGUUUGCCAGGCCAGAAGUUUUUGGCACCAGUCUAAAUUGCAUGUCUCUGUCCUAGUCAAAAUGUCUACGUUCAAAUCAUAUAUCAGUCCUUUACUUUGUACUAAUGUCCCCUAAUGUUUUCCUAUUUAAAAAUAGUUUGUAAAUAUGAAAUUUAUCGGCAGAAGUGAAUUCCUUCCUGUAUCUGAGAUUGUGUGCUAGCAGAGUCCUCAGAAUUGAUUUAUAUGAGCCGGUAUCAUGUGUAUAUUAAGUGGUAAAGAUUGAGUUUGGUGGACGUUUUUGCAUAUCUAUUGAUUUGCGUCAUUACAUCCUUCUGUGGAUUCCAAUUGACAUCAAAGCCAUUCCUCUCUGUAAUUUAUAGACAUUAGCCUAGAUGUUAGGUUUUUGUACUUGUAUAUGUAUAUGCACCAAGUUUCACCUCAUUUAUUCAUCCAAAUAUAGCAUAAUUCUGGUGUAAACUUAGAUUUUAUGUAACCACAUCUUUAUCCUCUCUCUUUGGCACUGAAAAGUUUGACAAGAGCUGGAUUUUUUUUUAUAUUUACUAAGCUGCUGGUUAUAAAAGAACUCAUUACUUGUGACAACUUCAGGAUAAUUAUUUGGUGUUGAGGUUUUUGAGGUAUUUUGUUAUGAAUGUCCACUGCUUUAUCAGACUCCAGUAUGUUAACUGAUAAUGGGCGUAUAUUUUCAGGUGUUGCACUUUUACCAGGUGUAACACCUGUAGGCCAGACAUGUCUCAAUGUGGGCAAAUUUUUCACCUGCCUUACUCAAAAUCCUCCAUAGCUAAAUAGACUGUGAACUAAAUAUGUCAUUGAAUCAAUAAAAGUCUUUUUUCUAUACUUUUUAAAUAUUUACGUGUAGUACAAAAAUACAAUGCAUUUUUUUGUCUGAUGAUGUAUUUUUAAUAUACAUAAUUAUCAAAUAGAUGUGAGGGCAUUGUACAUAGAGUUGUGCAGAAUUGAAAAGUGUAUCUCAAUGAUAUUUAUCAAAAAUAUAAUCUAUAGUCUCCAAAGAACUAGGGUUCCUAAAAUGUAAGUAUUCUUUAAUUCUUCUAGUAGUGUAGACUGAUUUCCAUUUUAGUGAUGUUAAGAAGUUGGUGAGUAGCAACAAUGAGUAGCAACAAUCUAGAAAAUUUUGUUAAAGAGAUAAAACACGAAGUUGAACAGAUCUUAAAUUGAUCGUGGAAGUUGAACAGAUCUUAAAUUGAUCGUGGAAGUUGAACAGAUCUUAAAUUGAUCGUGGUUCUUGCGUUAUGCUCAUACUUUUAAAACACGAAGUUGAACAGAUCUUAAAUUGAUCGUGGUUCUUGCGUUAUGCUCAUACUUUUUUAAAGAAGAGAAAAAUGCUGAUUUUUGGCCUGCGUAUAGAAAAUAGCAAGAUUAUAUGUCUGUGAUGUUGGACAAAGGAAAUUCAGUCAUAAUUAAUUCGAUAUCCCAAACCUACUUAACAAUGAAUUCAUUUCAGUUGUCAAUGACGAUGUAAUUUAAUUUUGUCUUAGAGAGCGGAUAGUCAUAUUAAUGGAAGUCACAUGACAAUUACAUUCAUGAGUUUUGUUGUCGCUGGAAACACAGUGACAGGCUUUGUCUGUGUAUCUGUCAGAGUCUAUAAAACUUCAAAACUGUUAGAAAUAGGAGUUAUAGCAUGUUGUGUAGUUCGUUUGAUAUUUAGAAUGAUCACUGAUGCCCUCGCAGUUCUUAGGAGAAUCUAGUUUAUGACAAUGUUCUGCAAUGUUAACCCUCUGUAAGGCUUUUUGUCUUUAUCUGUGAGAACUCUGUAUAGUUAUAGUUUGGUGUAUUUGUGUGCAAUGUUUCCAACUACUGAAUAUAUCCAUAAUAGUUCUAAAUAUAAAAUCAAAUUGUACUAGCUAGGACAGUAAGCUGGCUUAUGUUUAGAAACACUUUUAUACAUUUUGUACAUGUAAUCUUACUUAGUCAUUUGAUGUUUGUUAACUUAAAUUUUUGUUGUAUUGUUUUUCAUGCGAUUUAUAUAAUAAAAUAUUUGUACAUGUA